AUGAGUGCCGAUAUAAGCAACAAAACAGUUAUUGAAAAUAUCGAUACCAACAAUAAUGAGGCAAAAAAUAAUAAGGAAAAUGCAUUUGAUAUGAGUAAUAUCAAACUGGAAAGAGGAGAUACACCUCAAGAUAUUAAAGACCGGUGCUAUCAAUUGUGUCGCAAUUAUUUGGCCGAUGUCUGGCUUACAGUUGGUAUCGAUGAUAUUGAAGUUAAACGACUAAGUGGUGGUCUGACAAAUCAAUUAUACUACUGUGCUAUCAAUGAUAUACACCGUACCAAUGAUGCCAGUGCUCCACAAGAAGUAGCCAUCAGAUUAUAUCAAACAAAACAUUUCAAUGAAAAUGAGAGAACUAGUGAUAUGAUUAUUGGUUUAAUGGUCUCUCAGUGCGGUUUGGGUCCCAAACUGUACGGUGUGUUUCCUGAUGGACAGAUUCAAAAAUAUUAUAAACACAAAAGUUUUCGUAAAGAACAACAAACGGAUCCCAAAUUAGUUGAAGAAUUGGCAGAAAAGUUGGCCCGUAUUCAUGCCAUGGAUGUACCGAUUAGUAAAACUACUCAUUGGAUGUUCAAUUAUUUUGAAAAUUAUUAUCGUGACGGCAACGAAACGUUUGAUAUGCCGGCGCUCAUCAAUGAAACUAAUAGCGAAACUUUACAAAAAUUUGAUUUACGACUGGAGUUAGAUUGGCUUAAAAAUACAAUCGUUAAGUUUGACUCUCCCGUUACCUUCACUCACGUAGACUUUCGCGGUUCAAAUAUAAUGGUCACCGAAGAUGACAGUAUAGUUCUGUGCGAUUUCGAGUAUUCCUGUUAUGACUACCGGGGCUAUGAUUUUGGUACCAUUUUUAUUGAAUGGGGACAAAAAUUUUGGGGCGAUAAAGAUGAUGAUAAACCAUACGAGUUCACUGACGACAGUCAAAUAGUACCGUUCCUCGAGACGUAUAUUUUGGAGUCGACUAAACUAUUGGGCGAUAAGUUUGCAAAUGAUCCGCGAAAUAAUGUCAAACGUAUGAUAAGGGAAGUCAAACUGUUUUCAAUGGUUUCGAUGAUGUUUAUAGUCUUAUUCAUGUAUAGAAUGAAGGAAUCGAUAUUUAAUACAAUAGAGUUUAAUAAAAAACAACAAAUGGCUAUGACUGAGAAAACAUAUAAAGCAUAUCAAGAUUUAAAAUCACAGUUUAUGAUACAAAAUGCAUUCAACACUGAUUUAGAUUAA